UGUGAAAAUAAUAAUCUGUGGUCCGGCCAUAAGGCCAAGUUUCGUGUCGGCCAUCUUUUUUAUGGCAAAAUUUUGAAAAUUGAAUUGGUUUGAUUUUCCAUUUGUUCACUCAUUGAAUAAAACAAAGUGGAUUUUAAUUUUAGUUGUAAAACAUCUGUUUAGUGAAGUUACAGCGCCCAUUACAACUAUGGGCAAGCCAUCAUCUGCGUCACUUUCUAAGAAUUCUGAAUGUUCCAUACAUUCACAUACCGGUAGAGUAAGAGGCAAAUUCGCAUUGAGUGCUUACAAAAUGGAACAGAUCAAGAAAAAAAAUCAUAAACAUGUGAGAAAGAAUAUCCAUAAACUGUUUCAAAAAAUGCAAAAGGAAUCCAUUGGUUCAAGAAACACAACAUUGGAUAGCACAAAGAACUCAUUAGAUAGUACUCCCCGGAACCUUACUAUUGUAGUUAAGAAUGAUUCGUUUAGUCCUAGUAGUACACGGAAGAGGAAGAGUCCUGCCACACUGUCUGGUAUAGCUGAAGUUCCAAGCAAAAGUAGAAAAACAUGUGACAGCUUUAUCGAAAUCACAGAUGAUGAAGUAACAGCUAAUGAUGACUCCUGCAUUCUUAUAUCCCCGCCUAGAAAAAACUCCAACAUAAAUUGUUCUACACCAAUCGCUCAAAAAGAUACCCAGACUUUACAAGACCUUAUUAUUAACAAUUUCCCAACAACUAGUGACAGACAUAGUGGUAGCGAACACAAUAGAGAUGAAAAUAGAACAAAAAUAAUUAAUAGAGACUCUUAUUUAACAAUAGACUUAACUGCUGAUAGUGAGAAUAAAACAAAUGGUAAUACAACAGUUAUUGAUGUUGAUAAGACUGGUAAUACUACGAAUGAUAGUCAGGAUUGUACCGUAGUUUCUGUGUCUCGCGGUAGCCUAUCAAUGAGUGGUGAUUCUGAUGUAACGGUUAUACAGAAUGCUAGGCAAGCAAAGAAGAAACAGAUUAAAAAGGUAACAACUGGCAUCGCACAGUUGAAUGCCGCUGAAAAGGGCAAGCUUUUGGAUUAUAUCACUCGGAAGAUAUUGAGUGGUACAGACUUAGGGAGUAAUGUGCAGCCUGGCUUACAUUGUGCGUCAAGAGGAACAGGGACUGAUGAGGAUGCAUACAUUAAAGAGGUUAUACUCGGUGAGAAAACUCCAGAGUUGGCCAAACAGAGUACCUCACGAAAUAGUAUUGGCAGCAACAUAUACCAUCCUAGCAGAGAUCGGAAGAACAGUACUGGCUUGCGAAUGAUUGUUAUCGAUGGCAGUAAUGUUGCUAUGGAGCACUUAAAAGGCAGAAUGUUUUCAGUAGAAGGCUUAAAGAUAUGUAUAGAUUACUUUGUGAAACGUGGCCAUGUUGUAAAAGCCUUUGUUCCUAGAUUCAGAUGUAAAUUUGGGAAGAGUUCGGAUCCUAAACUACUGGACGUUUUAGAGACAGGCUUAGUUGUGUACACCCCGUCGCGAGAGAUACAAGGCAAGACUUGCGUGCCAUAUGAUGACAGGUACAUACUCCAAUGUGCUGCCGAAUUCGAUGGCGUUGUGGUCUCAGGCGAUAAUUACAAAGACUUGAUACACGAGAACAAAAGAUGGCGUUAUAUCAUAGAAAAUAGAAUAUUACCGUUUACCUGGGUCAACAAUAUGAUUAUGUUCCCUAAAGACCCUUUUGGACGGGGACCUACCCUUGAGACCUUACUGAGACACCCAACGCCCUCCAACAAUCGGUUGGAGAACAAAUGAUGUGAUAGAAGAUUGUCUUGUACAAAAUUGGCAAUGUUGCCAACUGUUCAGUGUGCCCAGUACGCCUCGUGUUUGAUACCGAAAAAAAUGUUUUCUGUGCAUUUACAAUGUAUUGGACAAAUGUAUGUGGGAUAGUGUGCAAAUUGUUAAUUGAUAGUGGUGAAGUUACAAUAUCUGAGGUGGUUAUAUAUUGUAUAUCUGUAAAUGUUUGUAAAAAAUAUUUGGCCUUAUACUCAGAAUAGAUAUUAGGUAUUUUUCUAUAAACGUCAGUAGGUAUAUGUGAGUACAUUGUUAGCAAUAAAUAUUGCUGUCUACUGUCAAAAGAAAUGUGUAUAAAAAUGUAAAAUUUAUUGUUUUUUGAUAUGCUAGCAAUGGAAUUUGCAUUUAACUACAUUAAUUUCAUGAUUAAAUAGACUAAAGGGAUUUCAUAUUAUUCACUAGGUACUUAAAGGAAUAUAGUACCAAGAAAUAUGUGGUAGGAAAUUCAACAUAAUACUUCCAGCUCAAAUAUGAGGUAUUCAUAAUGGAUACCUAAGAUAUUUAUUUAUACAAAUACAGAUCUACCGUCUUGAAUACCAAAUACUAGUUUAUAUGGAUAUCAAGUUAUAAGUUACUGAUUGAACUGGGGAGAGAUUAUAAGAGCGUAACAAUUCGUUAAACUGGUGUAGUACAUAUAUAUGCUUUUUUUCAUAGAUUUAGUUAAGUUAAGAUUCCUUUCUUGCAGUCUCUGAGUCCUAAAAAUUAUUGUAAAAAAAUAUAUAUUAUAUGAUGCAUAAAUCUGUUUUUUUCUGAUUUAUACAGCCAUAUCACAUUAUUCUGCCACAUUAUAGUUUUGGGUAAGUUUUUAAAAUGAUUUUGAUACUUUUGUCAAAAACAUAAUUUUAUUAAUUAGAAAAACAUUUUUUGAGUUUAAUAGAAUUUUUGGUAUAGAGAGAUAUCAUUAAUUUUAUUAUACGUCUACUAUAUAAACUUUGUUCCUAAUCUUUCUAAUAUAAUACACGAAAUUUGUGUUUAAUUGAACAUAUAAUUGGUGUAUUGUUAAAAAAAUAGUAAUUUCGAUAAGGUUUUUAAAAAUCCUCGCAAGCAUAAUAAAAUUUUGGCCGAAUUACGUUGUAAAUAAAAGUUGAUUUUUUUUCAAA